GUCACCUCCACCUGUGUGCCCCCCCGCGUGAGACGCUGCCCCUGGGGUCCUCCCGUGUCCCUGGGGUUCAGCGUGGGCUCAGCGGGCCCUGCAGGCUGUCGUCUCCCUUGUCUUGAUUGCUGGCCUUCAUUGUCCUCACGUCUCACUGCAGUGCUGGCAGUGGGGUGCCCCGCAGCAGCACAUCUGGGGUCCCCAGGAUGCUCACGGAGCCCCACAGCUGCUCCUCACCCCCUUAGCGGUGGGGGGCUGGCAGUGCCCAGCACUGCGUUUCCCCCACUCCCGUUACCCCUGGAGGGAAGGGCCCUGCAGGCACAGCACCGUUCCCUGCCCUGAGCCCUUGGCACCAGGGCCCGCCUGCUGUGCUGACCUUGCAGAACUGCUGAGUCAGAUGGCAAAGGCAUUUUGGAUUUUAUUUUUUUAAGCUCUGAUCCGUGUUGAAUUGUGCCUGGAAAUCUGUCUGCUGCUCGAGUGCGUUCUGGCUGGCAGAACUCUGCUGCCUGUCCCCUGCUGAGAUCCCCGCUGAGCCCCUGGGUGCAGACCCCAUAGCAGGGGGUGCGCUGCGCCCAGCUCUGCCCUCACUGACACUUUGCACCUCCAAACCCUUUGCUGAGCUCUUCCUGCACCCCACACCUCCUGGGCUGCACCGAGCUGGGGCCAGGAGGGGGCCGCAGCGUUCUGCUCUUUGCACUUUGUUCCCUCCCGUCCCUUAACGUCCCCUCCUGGGAGGAGGCAGCACCUCCUCCCCUUGGGCCCUCAGCCAGCAGCUACUGGCUGUUAUCGGUGCCCGGUGGCCCCAGGAGGGUCCCCGCUGAUUACAGGGUGCAGGCAGCAAGGCGGGGGCCGCCCUCCCUGUGCAGUGCUGAUAGCACAGCUGGGGUGCAGCACGGGGCUGCUCCAGACCCCCAGCCCCAAGAUGGGCACGUAUUGGGCUGGGGGUGUGAGUGAAGCCCCCUGAGCGUGCUCUGUGUUGCAGGAGGGCAGUACCAUGGCUGAGAAGACAUCGCCGGGCCCCAGUGGGGCCAUCACACCCUUGCAGCAGAUGUUGGCCUCCGGGACGGGUGCCAUCCUCACCUCCCUCUUUGUGACACCCCUGGAUGUGGUGAAGAUCAGACUGCAGGCCCAGAGGACGCCCUUCUCCAAAGCGUGGUUGGUGCGAUCGGUGCCCCAGGGCUCACAGCAUGCCACAUGGAAGUGUUUCCUCUACUGCAACGGGCUCAUGGAUCAUCUGUACGUCUGUCAGAAUGGCAACAGCUGCACCGCCUGGUACAAGACCCCCACCUGCUUCAACGGCACAUUGGAUGCCUUUGUGAAGAUCACACGCCACGAGGGCAUCAGGUCCCUGUGGAGCGGGCUCCCCCCAACGCUGGUGAUGGCUGUGCCAGCCACCGUCAUCUAUUUCACCACCUACGACCAGCUGCGGGACUACCUGCACGCCCGCACCGGGAGCCGGGGCCACCACAUCCCACUGCUGGCGGGGGCCCUCGCUCGGCUGGGUGCCGUGACGUUGAUCAGCCCCCUGGAGCUGAUCCGCACCAAGAUGCAAUCCCGACAGCUCAGCUACCGCGAGCUGCGCGUCUGCAUCCAGUCAGCGGUGGCUCAGGAUGGCUGGCUGUCCCUGUGGAGGGGAUGGGGGCCCACGGUGCUGCGGGACGUCCCCUUCUCUGCUCUCUACUGGUUCAACUACGAGCUGGUGCGGGAGUGGCUCUGCAGACAAACCCGGCUGGAUGAGACCACCUUCAUGGUCAGCUUCGUGUCCGGGGCCAUCUCUGGGACGGUGGCUGCCGUGCUGACGCUGCCCUUCGACGUGGUGAAGACCCAGCGGCAGAUCCAGCUGGGAGACAGCGAGCUGCACCCAGCUGCAGCCUCCAAGCCUUCAUCCACCUGGCUGCUCCUGCAGCGUAUCCGUGCUGAGUCUGGCACGCGGGGGCUGUUUGCAGGCUUCCUGCCCCGUGUCAUUAAGGUGGCACCCGCCUGUGCCAUCAUGAUCAGCACCUACGAGUUUGGCAAAACCUUCUUCCAGAAGCUGAACCAGGAGCGGCGGCUGCGGGGGCUGUGAGCUGGGAACUGUGAGCCAUGGAGCGGGGCCAGUGCCAGCCCUGCUGCUGGCCCCAGUGCCUUCCCUUGGUGUGCUGCACAGCCUGGACGUGGCUCACGGCGUGGACGCAGCCCGGGGGCCGCCUCCAUCAUGCCCUGCUGGGGACAUCGGUGCCUGCUGUGGGGAUGCAGCCCUGCGUGGCCGUGCCUGUGCUCACCCCUUGGGGUUGGACAGAUGCUGCUGCUGGACUCAGGCUGGGUGCUCCCAGCUUCCUUGAGGGCAGGAGCCGGGGCUCCAUGCUGGACCAAACCCUGGGGGCUGCGCCGUGUGCCUGAGCCCCGCUUUGUCCCCCAUCCAGCCCUUCCUCGUCACGCACAGCCUCCCCUGUAGCCCUGCAUGGCGUGGGGACUCACCACAGCUCUGCCUCCGGACCUUUCCUCCUCCUCAGGACCCAGUUGCCCUGGGUUUGGACCCUGUGUGGGGACGGACCUCCCUGCUGCUCUGAGGGGCCAGGCUUGGAUCUGUGACCUGACCCUUCACCACGAGGGUCUCCCCCUGUGGGAACUGCCCUCCUUCCACCUUGGGGGGCAGUUUCUCUUAUUUUCUUAAAUAAAACUAAAGCUCUCUUAGGA